AUGGCCGACGAAGCCCUCGCAGCGUUCAUGGACGUCACCGGCUGCGGCUACGAGGACGCCUUCCACCGCCUCGCCAGCUGCGGUGGCCACCUCGGCGAGGCCGUCAACCGCUUCUUCAACGUCGAAGCGGGGACGUCGGGGAUCCUCCGCUCCCCACCACUGCCGUCGCUGCCGCAGGUGAUCUCCGAUUCGGAGUCGGACGACGACGCGGCGCGCGCUCCGGUCCCGGCGGCCCGCCCUGACCGCCCCGCGCGCGUCGGCGGCGCUCGCGGGAGAUGGCCUUCCGGUUCUGCUCCGAGGAGGGUGUCGAGGUGGGAUAGCGAGACGAAGGGAGGUGGCGGCAGCAGCAAGAGCAGCCCCCGCCGCCGCCGUGACAUGGAGGCGGGCCGUAACCGCGACCGCGUCCAGAAGAAGCGCCGCCGCGUCGGUGAGGACGAUGGCCCGUAUCGUGGCGGCAGGGGAGCGGGCGACGGCGGCAAGAGCAGCGGUCGCGGGCGGCGCUUCCGUGAUAUCUUCGCAUCAAGCAGCUCCGAUGGCGAGGAGGACAAGGUGGAAGCCAACAGCAGCCGCAACCGCCGCCGCCUCAAUCCCAAAGACGACACCUCCGACGGCGAGGAGGAUGUCCAAGUUAUCAGUAGCAGCAGCAGCAGCCGCCGCCCCAACCGCGGCGGCAAAGCUCCCACCUCCGGUGCCACCGCCGUGAAGAAAGAGGACGGCAACAGCAGCAGCCUCCGCCGCCGCUUCCGCGAGACCAUCCUAUCCGACGACGACGACAUGGAGGUGUACGAGGCGCCGCCGCCGCCGCGGGCGAGCCAGUCCGAGAAGGACGAGCUGUUCCGGGUGCCGCACGGGCUGACGUACAAGGGCGGCUUCCACGACGCCGUGGCGCACGCGGCGCGGCGGUGCCGGUGGCUGCUGGUGAACGUGCAGGGCCGCCUCGACCUGGCGUCGCUGGCGCAGAACCGCGACGUGUGGGCCAGCGACCUGGUGGCGCAGUGCGUCAGGGAGCACUUCGUGCUCUGGCAGGCCGACGCCGGAGACGAGGAGAUCAUCGGCGGCGAGGGGGAGGAGGCCACGAAGGUGCUCAGCUACUACAAGAUCCCCCGCGCCAAGCUCCCCGUCGUGGUCGUCGUCGACCCGGUCACCGGCCAGGCCGUGGGCAGGCUGCACGGCACCGACCCCAACGACUUCCUCGUGUCCAUGGAACCCUACACGGACAAGAAGCCGGCCUUCCCUGUCGUCGGAGCUGCCAAGAAAUCCACUGCAUCAGCCGGCGCGCAGCAGAACGAUAAAAUACCGGCGGCAACUGCUGCUCCGACGAAUUGGCAAGGACAGGCACCGACGGUGAGAAAACCGGCUGAGCAGCCGGUUGCGACAGCGGUGGCGGUGGCACCAACGAGUCAGCAGCCGGCGUCGGUGGAGAUGAAGGUCUGCAAGCUGAGGGUCCGGCUGCCCGAUGGCCGGGUGGUUGCGAAGGAGUUUGGGAUCCAAUGUGCGGUGGCGGAGCUCUUCUCGUAUUGCCGGUCAGAGAUGGGCGCAGGAGCGGCCGCGGCGAGGCCGUUCCGGCUGCUGCGCUUCGUCGGCGCCGCAAGGGUGGAAAUCGGUAACGACGACGCCUCGUUCGAGAGCUUGAGGCUCCACAUGUCAACUGUCUGUGUUGACCUUAGCUAA